UGCCGCGCAGGACCAAACCCUCAUUCUCGUUGCAUCCGACGUGGGGUUCGGUUUUAUACAUCAAAUACGUCUCGUUUCAACAACGUCCACCACAUCGCAUCGCAAAAGUUUCGUCGUGUUUCGUGGAACGUAUAGAAAGUCUUCUCUUUUUCCUCUCCAAUCCUCCGUAAUCUUUUCUUUUUCUCUCGUCAAUCCAUCUUUUCUCUUUCACUGUCUUUAUUCGAAAUCGAAACCUUCUCGAUCGCUAUACGUGAGCGUAUUUAUAAAGAAGUAAAAAGAACAAUAAGAAGAGGAAGAUAAAGACAAAAAAAAAAGAUAGAAACAAUCCAAAAAAAAAAAGAGGAGAAGAAAAACGGUCAAUCGCUUGGCCACGACCUCUUUCUCUUUCUCUCUUAAAGAAUCUUCGAUCUAACGUCGACACUUUCGCGAAGGAGAUAAAGAAGGAGGAGAGAAAUAGAAGAAGACGGAGAAAAGAAACGGUCGUUAUUCUUUUUUCUUUUUUUCCGUUCCUUUACUUUUUUUGCUAAGUCUUUCUCUUUCUUUCUAUAUAUAUAUAUAUAUAUAUACAUAUAUCUCUUUCUCUUUCUCUCAACAUAUAUCCGUUACGAAGUUUGGGUCGAUGUAACCGAACCAACCGUUUCUUCCUCAAUCUCUCUCUCUCUCUCUCUGACAUUCUCCAUCUCUUCGACUCUUCAUCCUUUUUUCGCAUUUUCCUUCUCUCUCUCUCUCUCUCUUUAACCUCUCAUCUCUCUCUUUCUCAUUUCCACGAAAAAUCCGAUCUUUGUCCCUCUUUCUUCCUGUUUCUCUCCUACCUAAAACUUUAUCGCGUAAACUCCGCGUAGAUACAUACACAUAUACGUAUACCCGUUCACACAUACCCACAAAGCAGAUAUAAGCUUUUACAAAAAAAAAAAAACGUUAAAAAGAAAGAAAGAGAAAGAGAGAGACAGAGAGACACAGAGAGAGAGAGAGAGAGAGAGAGAGAGAGAGAAAGAAAGAAAAAGGAGGUGGAGGAGAGGAAAGGGAGAAAGGAGGGGGUGUAGGAGGAAGGAAGGGGAGGAGGAGAGAUCGAGGUGGCGCGAGCGACCGAGCAAGCACGAGCACGAUCACGAGCACGAUCACGAUCAUGAUCACGAUCACGAUCACAAGAGGCGCGCGCGCGCACGCGAGCAACGUAGGAACCAAGAGUACACGGUCGCGUUCGACCGGGCCAGCCAGUCUGCUGCUGUCCGCAGCAACCUCGCGACCGAUGGCCGAGUUUUAUGUGAAGUUAUAAGUGGACAACGUAAUCGUGCCGUGCGACGCGACGCGACGCGACGCUACGUGACGUGACGUGACGCUCACGCACGAUUCUUAUAUCGUAUUCGUGUAUAGAAAGAACGGAAAUAACGAGAGAGAAAUUGAAAGAGAGAGUGAGAGGGAGCGAAGGACGAAGAAAGAAAAAAAGAUAUCGAGAAAAGUGGAACAGAGAAAAAGGAGAAGAGACAGACAAGAGAGGGGGUGAGAGAUGUGGAACACCAAAGGUGGUGGUUACAACCAAGAGUGAUCGUCACUUCCGGAAUGUCGUGGACUCAACCGCGCACCUCUCGCGAUUUCAACCCCUCUUCUUCUUACCGUGGAUUCUGUGGCGAGCUUGAGCGAGGAAAGAGGAGAAACGUGCUGAAGAGGUGAUCACGUGCCCGACACACAUACUCGAUGAAAAGUCAAGAGGAUAAAGGUCAGAGGUGGAUUUGGUAUCAUUGCGAUAAUGAAGUAUCCAAAAGGAAAUGAAAGAAAUUGAAGCAUUCGAAGUAGAGAAGGUUAAAUGAAAGGAAGAAGAGAAGAAGGAAGAGGGAAAAGUAACGGAACGUUAAAAGAAAUUACUGAAAAGUUACAGAGAUUUUCGAAAACAUUUUUCUGCGAUGUCAGCAAUAUCGGUAACCAUUAUGAAAUAAGUUUCGUGAAACUUUUCUGGCAAAGUACCACCGAUGCUUAUGUAACUCUUAUGAGAAGGAAAGAGAUAGAGAGAGAGAGAGAGAGAGAGAGAGAGAGAGAGAGAGAGAGAGAGAGAGAGAGAGAGAGAGAGAGAGAAAUGGAUUUCACUAUGCUAGAUACUAGUAUCCCAUAGAAAAAAGGAAAUGCUCGUAGAUUUAUUCAUAGAAAUGUGUGUCCGCGUCGGUGAAUAAAAACAACGCAACGUUGAACAGCUCCGGUAUUAUUUUCAACAAUUAAAGGCCAAGAAAAGAAGGAGAGAAAGGAAGAAGAAAAGAAGAAGAAGAAGAAGAAGAAGAAGAAGAAUGUUAAGCGCGUUGGAUAUUGGUUUCAGAACUCGUAUUGGUUAUAUCGAAAUUUCGAGUCGAACAGAAAGUGAUCGAUCGUGGUAGUAUCGUGCAAAGUGAUCGACAAAGUAUGUGCGCGUUUUACGAAUAAAGAAAAUCGCAAGCUGAGGAACGAAAGAACGAACGAACAAACGAAAAAAAGAAAGGAAAAGGAAAGGAAAGGAAAGAAAAGAAAAGAUAGGAAAUAAAAUUCCUUUAGGAAAGGCAGGAAGUGCGCCAGCAGGGAAAUUAAAGAUACGUCUGUGUAGUUUGGCAAUUGAUGUAGACACGGAAUGUGGAAGUUCCGGUUGGCGUAUCGGAAAAGAGACGAGGAAUACGUUCGAUGGUCGAAGUUGGAUGUGCGGUUGAAUGCGCCCGGUCGUUCGAACUCGGAGGAGAAGAUCCUGUCACGCGUUUGGCGUACCGUGGAUGCCACGUGAUACUCGAAAAAAGUGCAUACGAAAAUACGAUCCCCGUGUUGGUUCACUCUCGUAUAAUCGAAGUGACGCGACGCGUGUUCGAUGUUAAAGUUGAGGUGAGAGUAAUCAGACUCGGAAGUAGCGAGGUGUUCGCGAGUGUUGUUACAAGAUGGCGACCGGUAUCAUCAGUAAACCGGCAGGACGGCGACGACAGCGCUGUUGGCGUCGUAUGCUGGUACGCGUUCACCUAUUCGCCGCCAUUCUGUGGCUCGACGCCAUCUUGACGUGCAGUGGGCAGAAGCCGAUCAAUCUCGGUGGUGUUAAGAAACGCGACGUCUACAUAGCAGGUUUUUUCCCAUACGGUAGUCACGUACCGGAAUGUCACGUGGGCCGUGGCGUCAUGCCUUCCGUCAAACUUGCCGUCGAUCACAUCAACGAGGAUCCAACGGUCCUGAGAAAUUAUCGGCUACAUAUGUGGUGGAAUGAUACCGAGUGCAAUGCUGCCGUAGGUGUCAAAGCUUUUUUCGACAUGAUGCAUAGCGGGCCACAUAAGGUUAUGCUUUUUGGUGCAGCUUGCACUCAAGUCACGGAUCCGAUAGCGAAAGCCUCCAAACAUUGGCGUCUCACGCAGCUCAGUUACGCGGACACUCAUCCGAUGUUCACGAGCAACAGCUUCCCUAAUUUCUUCAGGGUUGUACCGUCCGAAAACGCUUUCAAUGCGCCACGCGUUGCGUUGCUGAUGCAUUUCAAUUGGACCAGAGUUGGCACCAUCUAUCAAAACGAGCCACGUUACGCUUUGGCACACAAUCGUUUGGUCUCCGAUUUGGAUAAGAACAAAAUGGAGGUCGUGGAGACACAGAGUUUCGCAACGGAAGUAACAGCAGCACUCGAAAAACUAAAGGAGAAGGACGUGAGAAUCAUUCUUGGAAACUUUAACGAAGUUUGGGCGAGAAGAAUAUUCUGCGAGGCCUACAAGUUCGGAAUGUACGGAAGAAAGUACCAAUGGGUCGUAAUGGGCACUUACGCAGAAGAGUGGUGGACUUUGCCCGGUGGUGGCUGUGCACCCUCCGAACUAGCAGAGGCUUUGCACGGUGCCAUCUUGACAGAUCUCCUACCUUUAACGACCGAGGAGGAUUACACUGUGUCUGGAAUCACACCUGAUCAGUAUCGAGUCGAGUACGACUCGAGAAGGGGAAACGAGUAUUCGAGAUUUCACGGAUAUACGUACGAUGGAAUUUGGGCGGUGGCGUUAGCUAUACAGCACGUAGCACGUAGGAUACGACACUUUCGUCGAAAUCAGACUAUAUCGGAUUUCAAAUACAGAGACUCGCUUUGGGAGAUGCUAUUCCUCGAGGCUCUCAGGAACACAAGUUUUAAAGGUGUAACGGGACCUGUACGUUUUUACAACAACGAGAGAAAAGCUUACAUCUUAUUGAAGCAGUUUCAAAGCGGUGCCGAGGUUAAAGUUGGCGAAUAUGACGGAGUGACAGACACUUUAGACCUGAGUAAAGGAGACUCUUUAGUUUGGAGAGGCAAGUCACCUCCAAAGGAUCGAACCCUUCACAUCAUUGAACAUUCCACCGUGAAUAUUACGAUCUACGCGGUACUGGCGUCCGCUGCAAGUGUUGGCAUCGUCAUGGCGGUCGUUUUCCUUGCCAUAAACAUAAGAUAUAGAAAUCAAAGAUACAUAAAAAUGUCAUCGCCACAUCUGAACAAUCUCAUCAUCAUUGGGUGCAUGUUUACCUAUAGCAGCGUCAUUUUUCUCGGAUUAGACUCGCAAUUGUCGAGCGUGACCGCGUUCCCGUAUAUUUGUACCGCAAGGGCAUGGCUUUUGAUGGCUGGAUUUUCAUUAGCUUUCGGCUCCAUGUUCUCGAAAACUUGGCGAGUGCAUUCGAUAUUCACCGACGUGAAGUUAAACAAAAAGGUUAUAAAAGAUUAUCAGCUCUUCAUGGUGGUUGGCGUACUCCUGGUUAUCGACCUCGGGAUCAUGACUACGUGGCAGAUCGCAGAUCCAUUUUAUCGAGAAACUAAGCAGAUGGAACCUUACCCGCAUCCCUCGAGCGAGGACAUCAUCAUCAUACCGGAAAAUGAGUAUUGCCAGAGCAACCGGAUGACCGUCUACAUGGGUUGUAUAUAUGCUUAUAAGGGCCUCCUGAUGAUUUUUGGUGCAUUUCUCGCGUGGGAGACACGACACGUCAGUAUACCAGCUUUGAACGACAGCAAAUAUGUCGGGAUGAGCGUUUACAAUGUCGUGAUAAUGUGCGUCACCGGUGCAGCCAUAAGUUUCGUCCUUGCCGAUAAGCAAGACGCCAUGUUCAUCAUGCUCGCCGUCUUCAUCAUAUUCUGCAGUACGGCCACGCUCUGUCUUGUGUUCGUGCCUAAGCUGAUAGAGUUACGAAGAAAUCCGCAGGGUGCGAUCGACAAGCGAAUGAGACCAACCUUAAGACCGGUGUCCAAAGCUAGAAGGGACUCCACUGUGAGCGAGUUAGAGGAACGAUUGAAGGAAGCUACGACGGCCAAUCAAAAGUUUCGCAAACAGCUUUUGGAGAAGGACAGCGAACUUCAAAUGUUCCUAAGAAGACUUGGCGAGGAUGGAGUAGCGGACACUCAGGAAGUCAUGGACAGGCUAACCGUCCCAAGGCAAGAGGGAAUCAUAAAAAAAGAAGAGCCCACUAUCCAGAGGCAUGGCACUCAAAAUCAUAAAGGUCCAUCUUUAACCACGGAAACAACCGAUAUUUCGAUGUCCAUGUGCAGUUUGACUUCUACUACGGUAUCCCAAGCGGAAGGGGAUUACGUGAACGCGAGUGUCGUCGAACAGGCCGCAAAAAAGAAGACGACCUUCGGAAAGGUACCGGCCAUCGCGGUCGAUAACGAACGCUCACCCUUGAUCCUUCCGUCGGCAUUGAAGCAAACUACUGGUGAGGAUACCACUCGUAGGAAAAGUCAUGUUGGUGACGAGAAUCAAGAUAGCGAGCCAUUGCUCGAAAGAAGUCCGGAACCACGUUCAGAGGGUAAAAUGAACGUCGAUUUCGUACCAGAAGCAGUCGAGGAAACUGAUUCAAUUGUUCUCGAGGAAACUGCUAUUCCCCGAGAUGCUAAAAUCAUUAUGAAAAAGGAUGAGGAGAGAGCGAGACUGCCGACACCACCACCUUCCAAAAAUGUCUCAUUCAGUGAAUUACAUGAUCAGGGAUACUCCGAUCAACAUAUUCUUCCUCCGCCAUUACAAUUUGUUCCACCGAGACAUCGUCAUUCUGGAUUUGUGAACGUGCCAUCCCAUCAGUCUUUAAAAAGAAGAUCAUCUGUGAGGAAUGAUACCUUGGCACAUUCUCAUCACGAACUAUCGGAAUGUCGCAGAACAAGCGUACCAAUUAACUCGAUCAGCUACAUUUCGACGGAGAACGUGUCCAAGUCGAGUGGUAAGGACGACAUUCAGACUUCUUUCGACAAAGCAUACGUGAUCGGGGAAUGUGGCCACCGGCGUAGUCUAGUUACCGGCUACAGAUGCGAAAAACAUGGUGGACGUGGACACAGUCACGCAAUGUUUAAUGGCUCAGCUGAGACCCCACCGGCGCCGCGACGUCAUCGUAAGCAUCAUGAUUCUCACAACGCCAGCUCGCCGAGCGUGCCCGCCAUGGUCAACGCCAGCUACUCUGAUACUGAAAGAUGCGAGGAGUUAGCUUCGGCGAUCAUACAACGCUCGGUUUCGGAGAGAUCGCGAGAGAAAUGUUUGCGUGGUCGAAGUGGCGGUGGUCAUUCAAUCUCCGAGUGUCCUCAUCGUCCUGCUGCUUCGCGGAAGAUUCGCGAAUGCAGACACACUGAAUCGAAAUUACGUCAUCAGCAAGCUCGCUUGGAAUACGUUCAGAGCACACCAAAUGUAGCGACGAUUCACAACAGCAAGUAUGCAAGUGGUAAUCCACGCGCUGGGGAUGUUGGUGGAAGUGGCGAAGGUAUCCUUGGAUCAGGUGGUGUGAGCCGUAGUGGAGGUGGGACCCGUGUCGGUUCGAGAGCUGGGCCUGGCGUUACAUCGAGUGGUGGGGAAAUACAUAGUGCUGCCUCUGAUGGCGAACUCUUGGACCGGGCGAUAUUACUGCCGAUAUUUCAGAAGCUCCUCACUGAGAGACACAAAAGUAAUGCGAGGAGUGGAUACGGUGCUAGCAUAGCGAGUUGUCCGAACAUAUCGAUAAAGUGCGACAUUGUCGAGUAUCUGUAAAAAAUAUCUAUCUCUCCUCGUUUUGUAACACUCGAAGGACCGCGUUUUCCAAAAGAGAGAUAUCUCUCGUGCUUCUGUAUAGUAACGUAAAACUAAGAUGUCUCAUUUUUUUUUCUUUUCUUUCCCCUUCGUAUCGUCAUUGUUCUUAAAUAUUGUCUAUGCGUUUACAGUCAAGGAAAUUCUGAAAUAUAAAAUGUUGUGCACGUAAAGAUGCCCCCAUCCCUUAUAUGAAAUUUUCGAGAGAUUGGACUGUACUAAUGCUAAUACAUAUAAAUAUCGCUCAAUCGGAACAUUUUAUUUUACAGAAUCCCUUAGCUGUAUGUCGACUUGUGCAAUAAUCGGUCGUUGUAAAUUAUCCAUAAUGCGCACACGUGAAAUGUGUCAGAUUCAUUCGCAUUUAAUGCAAUUAAAUGUUCAACUCGGCCAUUUGAAUAAUACGUCUGGUCCCUUUUAAGUGUUAAAAACGAAGAAACAAGGUGUAUUGUCACCGAGAAGGAGAGUGGGAUCUGUUAUUUAUAUUCUUCUCGACAUUUCCGGUCACGUCAAAAAGAAAAAAGAAAACAGGAAAAUACUCGUCUCUGCAUUUUCUUUCGGUUGAAAACUUCCUCGUGAUGGAAGAACAAUCGACACAUUUUUUUCACGAUUAAUGCUUCAUGUUACGUUCUUAUACUAUCUUCACAUUUUUUCUUUAUUAUUACUAUUAGAUAUUUAAUAGUAUCGAUUUAGGACACCCGAUGGCGAAUACUUUCGACAAAGUCUCGUUAAAGAACGUUUGCAUUGAUUCAUCAACGUAUAGAAUAUACUUGUUGAGUCAUGGAACUCUAGAAAAAUAAAGAAAUUAUCGUAGAAGAACCGUGCUCUAUUUCUUUAGAACAAAACAUGAUUGAUCUAUACGUUUUCAUGGACAUUGAUCAGUUCUGCAUUCAUACAAAACGAACAUCCAUAUCUGUUACAAUUAAUUACGCGAUCUGAAACACUUCGAUUCGCUUCUAAUAAAAACAAAUGAGAAAAACAACUUCGAGCACUUCGAACACUUCGUUGCUUAAAUUUCUUAAGAUGUGGACUUCGAGAUCAUAAGAAAGUCUCAAAUUUUUUGUCUAUUUCAUUCUUCAAAUGACAACGGAUUUUUUUUGUUAAUCGUUUAAUAACAAAAUUUUAUUGAGGAUUAUGUUUUGAUAUAAUUACCUUAUUUUUUAUAUAUUCAUUUCAUUCUUUAAAUAAAACGGAUCUUGAAGUUAAAUGUACAAAAAAAAAGCCGCAAGUUAAAAUAGACGAUGAUUCUUCUAUGUAUUUCUUUUUUGAUCUUUAAGAGUUCCAAACAAUCGACAAGUGGAUGUCCGCAAUUUAUUUUAUACCUACUAAUACGUCGAUGAAUUGAUUCGACAAAAAAAAAGAAACAAAAAAAAAACGAAACAAAAUAUUUAUUAGACGACGACGAACGAGAAGUGAUCUUUAUUCAAUUUUCUCUCUGUAUUUCGAGUCAAUUACCAUCAAACUGUUUUUAAUACGAAACCUUCUCAAGUCAAAUGCAAGAAACAUAUUAACGGAAUAAUCCUCGAUAUCGAUAGAUACAUACAUACCUACGUCUUCGAAAUACAAAAUUCUCAAUCGAAGAAGAAAUGUGACUGCAUACAUUGAUAAUUAUCAUCAUCAUAAUUAUUAUUAUUAUUAUUACUGUAAUUAUGAUGAUGAUGAUGAUGAUGAUGAUGAUGAUGAUGAUGAUAGUGGUUAUUAUUAUUAUUAUUAUUGUUUUAUUAUUAUUAUUAAUGUUAUUAUUAUUGUUGUUAUUGUUAUUAUUAUUAUUUAUAUUAUUAUUAUCAUUAUUAUUAUUAUUAUUAUCGCGCCUACCGUUAACGUGAAUAUAAAUAAAUUAAUCUCAAUCAGCGGGCGCAACGCGAUUAAUGAAAAAUUACAUAUACAUGUAUUUCCCUACAUACAAUAUAUAUACACAUGCAUACGCGCUUGUUUCUCUGCGGAAAGGAUUAAUCGAUCGAUCGACACAAGAAGUCAGAAUCAUUCGUUUUUAUAAUUUGUCGGAACCUUGAGCAAACAUUUUCGAUCAUUCCCGAGCAUCAUCAUCGUAGAGUUAAAUGAAACUAUUUCGCGUGUAUACGAGGGAUAAUGUCAAUUUAUUGAAUCGAAUAAGAUAGAAUCCACGAAUAAAUUGUUUGUCUGGUUUUCGCUUGAAUAAAAACGAGGAAAAGUAGAAGAGAAAGAGAAAUGAAAAGAAAAAAAGAAAAAAGAAAAUCCGAUUUGUUAUCUCGUAUGAACUAAUAACAAUAUUAAUUUUUUAUGAUUAAUCUCACUUAAAUAGUUUACAAAGGGAAAAAAGAUUUAUCGAUUAGAAUUCGAUUAAAGGUCUAUAGACAUGUUCUAACUAUGGUCGCAAAUAUAUGAAAAACGUAAAAAGGAUGAUAGGUUGAGAUUCGAAUUUCAUCUUAGUAUUUUGAAAUUAUUCUCACAGCACGUUCAUCUAAUUGUUAACGAAAGUUUCAAGGAGGUUGCCGCGAAAAUGAGUGUUGCUAAAGCAAUUUCAAAGAAAAAUAAAAAGAUCAUAAGAUAUAAAUACUAUAAACUCGCACAAGAAGAUACACUUACGUACGUGUAAGGUAUAUUUAUUAAAAGAAAAAAAAAAAGAAAAAGAAAAGAAAUAUAUCUACGAAAUACUCGUACUUACUUCACUGUCUUUUACGUUAAGGAUGUGACAUCCGCUUUAUAUACAUAGGAAUAUAAAAAUUUAAGAGAGAGAAGAAGAGAAAGAGAAAACAGAAAAGAAAGAGACAAGAAGAAUGAAAAACAAAGAAGAAGAAAAAUAUAAGUAGAAAAAAAGCGGAAAGUACGGGGAAUAUUUUGUAAAUAAUUAAAAACGUAUGUCUAACAUAUUAUUAUCCUGAAAGUGCACUUCUAAUAAUGCGUUUAUACACGGUGACAAAAUAACCGUGCUACGACGUAUCCUUGCUCGAUUUCUAAAAUACAGAAUCGUUACAGCCUCCUUUUUUGCAAUUUUUUCUCUCGUUAUGUACGUUUGCUUGAAUCGAUUGGUAUCGAGAAUGUUUUUUAUAUUAUAUAGUCAAUCGUAGAACGACGAUGAAAGAGAAAAGAAAUUUAAAAGAAAAGAAAGAGAGUGAAAAAAAGAGAGAGAGAUUUGAUCGAUACUCGUUUAAAAAAUAAAGAAAAUAUUAAAAAAAAAAAAAACACAAAAAAACAGAACAAAACGAAAGAAAGGAAAAAAAAACUUUACGCAUCGCGUUGUGUUUUUAUAUAUAUAAAAAUAAUAUUUAUAUGAAUAUUGUAAGAUGAAUUAUAUCUAUGCUCUUGGAAAAAGCAUGUGUUAUAAUGAUCGUAAAUACGCAUACGUACCUACGAUAGAAUGAAGUUUAGAAAAAGUAAAGUGUUUAUACGUACGUCAUAUUCGUUAGUCGUGAAAAUUUAACGGGAAUUGAUAAUCCGAUGAUAUAAUGAUAUUUCGAAGAACGAAUCGCUCUUUUAACGUCAAUUAAUAUUCUAUAAACUACGAAUCUUGAAAUUAUUAGGAAAAGGAAAAAUCGAUUAUGAUAAUUAUUAUUAUUAUUAUUAUUAUUUCUAUUAUUAUUAUUAUUGUUAUUAUUAUUAUUAUUAUUAUUAUCGCGAGAAGCGUAUUGAAUAACGCUAAGCUAAAUAUGUAUAUAUCUAAUCGAAACUUUUUUGGUUCCAUUGUAAAGUUAUGAAAAACAAAAAAUCGAAGGGAUUCGAAAAUGGAAGAGGGGUUAAUGCACGAUGUAAAACUUUAUUUUCGUGUUGAACUCGUGAAAAUGUCUUGUAUGUAUAUAUUUAUAUGCAUAUAUAUAAUAAGUAUAUAUGUGUAUAUAUAUAUGUGCUUGGGUUUUUGUCCGUCAAAAAUAAUGUCCGUGUCGUGAUGUCACGAUCAAUUAUGUUCCACGGUACAUACUUCAUCUACGUCGGACGUUGAUGCGGAUGUUGGUAGCAUAAUUUCAUCACCAUGCGAGUCUCUCUAGUUUGCCUCGGAUGGAAGGAAAUUAGGAAUGAGGUGUUCCUUAAAUACGCUCGGUGAAUGUUACGUUUCCCUCGUUGAUGAUAAAGAAAAAAAAAAAAUAUAUAUAUAUAUAUAUAUAUAUAUAUAUAUAUAUAUAUAUAUAUACUCAAAUACACACAGAGUAUCCCAACGAAAAGUUUCCAUCAGGAUUAUUACGAAAUCUAGUCUUUUUCAAAGAAUUCCAUGACGAGUCAAUUUUCUUUUCGAAGGGAAUAAAUUUACCCACUCAUCCAUUAAUCCCUUAAGGAACAUGGGAACCCUCUAAAGAAUCUCAAAUGGCAAUAAAGAUCAAAUGGCAUCAUUUAUAAACUCUUUUAAUUCUCUUUACAAUGAUGUUAUUUCUUUUCAAUUUUAAAUCAAUGGUUUUUGAGAAAAAGCAUUAUCGAAGUUUUAGCUAUACAAUAAAAUUUUAUUGAUUAUUCUUAUUAUUAAAUGUUUAGUUUAUUAAAUGUUCAAAAUAUGUAUAUAUUCUUAUUAUUAAAUGUUUAUUUUAUUAAAUGUUCAAAAUAUGUAUAACCGAUCUUCAUGCAGUAAAUAGUCUUUUCUUGGUAAUUGUUGAUUAAGAAUACAAAAAAUAUCGUUGUGAAGAGAAUUAAAAGACCUUCUAAAUGAUAUAGCACUUAAUACUCUGUUGCCAUUAAAGAUUGUUGAGUGCUUUGUCACUCUCUCUCUUCCCCAAAGAGAUUAACUCAAAGUGGGCGAAUUAAUGACAAUGACCUUUCCCCCUACGAAAAUAAAAUUGAUCUGUCUUGGUAUUUUCAAAAAAAUCAUUAGACCUCGUAAUAAUGUUAGCAGACACUUCGUUGGGAGACUUUGUAUAUACAGGUAUAUGUAUAUAUACUGCAUAUCCAAACAGUGUAAAAUAUUCAAUUGAUCUCUCUGGAAUAGAAAAUAGAAAUUAGAGAGCAAAAGAGAGAGAGAGAGAGAGAGUCUGAUAAAUACCAGAUUGGAAAGAGUUUAUGAGUAUGAGGACUCUUACGCAAUUCGAAGAUAUCGAAAUUGUUCUUCUUAAAAGUAUGAACAAAUGGAUAUAUCUCGGAAAAUGCAACAACAAAGUGAAGAAAGAUAAUAAAGAAAGAUUAAUAAAAAACACACUCGUACUAUCCGUAUUAUAUCGCGAAUAGUCUCAUCAUUUUUUCAAGAUUAUCGAAGCAUCUUUCGAAAAAAAAUUUUUUUUUUCUUAUUUCUUUUCUUUUUCUUUUUUUUUUUUUUUUUGUUAACAAUAACAUCAGAGUUAACGAUAAAGAUCUACGAAAGAUGCAAAUUUGACGAGAAAAGUGAACGAAGAUCUUUCAGAAUAGCGAGAGAAGGAAUUUUGCAAGUGCAAAAAAAUGAACGUGGCGAAGAGAUGUCGAAAAAAAGUAUUCGUAUAAAUAAAUAUACAAAUAUACAUACAUAUAAUAAUAGAAAGAAAAAGAGACAAUGAUAACGACGAGAAUCACGAUGAAUUUGUUGAGAUAUUAAAUAGAUGUAUACAGAAAUGUUUUUAAAAAAAUGAAUGUUAGAUAUUAAAAAUAUGUCUUUAAAAAGCUGAGGUUUGAAGUUUAGCGAAUGAUCGUUAAAACAACGUGUGAAUGUAUAGACAAAAUUAUACAUUUCAUAUAUAUUAUAUAUGUAGAUAUAUAUAUAUAUAUAUAUAUAUAUUGUAUGUAUAACACGUAAUAUACAUAUAGAUAUAUAAAUAUAUAUAUAUAAUAUAUAUGAUAUACAUAUAUAGAUAUAUAUAUAUGUAUAUAUAUUGUGUAUAUAAUACGUGAUAUUAUACAUAUAAAUAUAUAGAUAUUUAUAUAAUAUAUUAUAUGAUAUACAUAUAUAGAUAUAUAUAUAUAUAUGCAUAUAUAUAUAUACACUCAUAUACAAAUAUACAUGCGGAAUCAUUCGAAAUACGGGGAUCAUCUCGAUCGAAGAAUCCUUUCGUGUUUUCGACGAUCAUAUUUCCCUUCUUCAGUGACACCCCAAGAACGAUUUUGAAUCUUUCUUAAUGAUCGAAUCGUCGUAAAUUUUUUAUAACAUUUCCAUCUCGCGAUAGUAGAAUCUAUGAUAAAUAAAAAGCUAAAAAAAGAUGAAAAAAAAGAACUCGAGGGUCUUACAUAAACUCCGAAAACUCUUUUCGAAUCGUUUCUAGGACGUCACUUAAGAAGAAAAAACGUUCGUCGACGUCUGUCAUAUAAUUUUUGUAAAUUUUAAAUAUCGUUAACGACGCUCUGCGUAAGCGAUCGUAAACCUUGUUCCUCGUUCGUACGCGCCUUUUUGAAUAAGCGAGAUCAGAAGUGCUCGGUACUCGUUGCCUCCUUUAUGAUUAUGACUGAAUCGUUUCAACGUCGAUACUUAUCUAAGAAGAUAGAGACAAAAAUAAAAUAAAAUAAGAUAAAAUAAAAUGAAAUGAAAUUUGCGAGAACAUUAACUUCGAUAAUUAUAUAGAAGUACGUCGAUUUCACUGAUUUCAAUGAUUUCACUGAAUGUUUGUAGAAAUCAAAAUUUUGAACAACUUUUUCUUAUACAUAUAAUCCGCCCGCUCGCUGUUAACUUCCAAAAUAAUCGAUGAAAAUAUUUUUGUUAUAUUUACUUUGAUGUGUGUUGAAAUCUCUCAAAAUCUCUUACAAAUUAAUCACUUUCCUCGCUUUGGUGUAAGAUAGUAGAUAUCAUUUCGCGAUUUAUAAAUCGAGAAACGCUGAAUAUAAUCAUGUCCGUAGAUAAGCCUAACCCAAAACUAAGCGACAUCCAAUUCAGGUCAAAGUAAAAAUUGUAAAAAAUACUUUCAUGAAUAUCUCGGAAAUUAAAGCUAGGCAGUGGUUAUAUAUAAUGUGUGUGUGUGUGCGCGCACGUGUGUCUGCGCGUGCGUAUGUAAGAAAAAUAUUGUUCAGAAUCAUGCCCCAACAAUGUAUACAAAAAUCAUCAAAAUCAGUGAGAUAAACAUACUUCUAUAUAAUUUUAUCUUAAAUCUAUAUGCGUACUGUCGAUCAAUGACCGACAAAUCAGCUCGACGAAUUUAACAAAAUUAGGCGACCAAACUCAGCAAUUCGAAUUUGUCAAUAUCGAAAACAGUCAAACGAAAUUAAUAUCGACAAGAUUGUUAUGAUAAUGUUGUUACCUUCAAAAAAAAAAAAGAAAGAAAAGAAAAGAAAAGAAAUAUCGGUUGCAUCCUUUAUUACAAUAACAUCGUACAAAAGAAAUAUUCAAAAAAUUGUUUAAAGUUAUUAAAAAGUAUGAAUCACUCCUUGACACUAUUGCUAGGAGUGGUUCUUCACUUCCGUUCUAUCGUGAAAGUGACCUAAAGAAAAUAUUUUGAGGAUUUUGUUACAAGGAAGGAAGUAAAAUAAUUUGUUCAAUUUUAUAUCAACUAGCUGAAAUUGCUUAAGAGGACUCUUUACGCCCUUUGAGGGCUACUAUUUCAAGAAAAUUGCUUCCAGUAAGAACCCGUCCAUUUGAUUCAAUGUAUUUCAUUGCUCAACGCGUUCGACUAAACCGACAGUGCGCAAUGUAGAUUAAUUUCUAUCGUUCUCUUCGUCGAUAUAUUUAAGAAGUGAAAAGAAACAGACGAAAAAAGAAAAAAAAAUAAGAAAAGAAAGUGAUCAUGCAAAUCGUGAGGGAGACAAGUCGUACGAGCUCUUUAAAAUUUCAUUUCACCUCACUCUCUUCACCUUUUUCUACUCUAGAGUAUUACUUCGAAACAAAGAAGAGUAAAAAAAGAAAGGGAAAAAAAAUGAAGACGAAGAAGAAGAGAAAAAAAAACAGAAAAAUAUUAAAGAAAUGAAAGAAAUUCUUGACAGCGUAUCGUUCGAUCACCUUUUGUUGAAAACAAAAUAUUAAAAUACACUUUUGGGUGAUACCAACAUUGCGGAGCGUGGAUCGAUGUAAUCAUUAAUGAUCGCUAAAAAGAAAUUCGUUUUAGUUUAAGACGACUCGAAUUUUUCGUGGUUGGCUGACCUACGCGUAAUUUUCUUUCCAUUAACUCGUUUUUUUGUGUAUACAAUCCUGCGAGGAUAUUUCGUUGUUCGAAAAAAAAAUAAAUAAAUAACUCCGAAGGAUCAUCAAGUUAAUUUUAAAAGAUAAAUUUGCGUCGAUAUCGAAUAAGAUGUUAGAGUUACGAAACUAUUCUAUUGACCGUAAGUUAAGAUAUAUCAAAGUGAUCGAUUUCUCAGGUCUGCCACUCACGAAUACGCAUUAAAAAAAAAAAAGAUAUAAUGAAAAAAAAAAGAAAGAAAAAAGAAAACACCCGCAUACACCUAAAGACACAUUCCUGUUUGUUGUAAAUUUUUAGAUAUUAAUAUGUAAAUCUGCAAAUAAAAAAUAGGCGUACUCAAAGUUCGACGUGAAUGCUCGCUUCACAGAUUAUGCGGCUCACUAUCGAUAAGGGUAAAGAAAAAGAAAAAAAGAUAAAUAGCAAUCGAAUAUU